CUUGGGGCCGGGGUGGGAUCUGGUACCCCAGGACUGCUGCCACCCAGACCGACCGACCCACUGCGGGAAGAUGCCCGGGGGCCCAGGACUCCUUGGAGCUCUGCCUGCCACCAUCCUCCUCUUGUUCACCGCUGGCCCGGGCCCCUGGUGCCAGGCCCUGUGGGUGGACUCGGGCCCCCCGUCGGUGACGGUGAAUGUGGGGGACGAGGCCCGCCUCCCGUGCCUGCACAACGGCACCCGCGCCAAUGUCACCUGGUGGUUCAUCCUCCAAAGCAACUACACGUGGCCGCCCGUGUUCAAGGGCGAGGGCCAGGGCGACAGGGGCGAGCUGACCAUCUCGCAGGUGAACAAGAGCCACGGCGGCCUGUACCAGUGCUGGGUCAAGGAAGAAAACACAUCACACACGCGCUCCUGCGGCACCUACCUCCGCGUGCGCAAGCCCCUCCCCAGACCCUUCCUGGCCAUGAGGGAGGGCACCAAGAACCGCAUCAUCACGGCCGAGGGCAUCAUCCUGCUGUUCUGCGCCGUGGUGCCCGGGACGCUGCUGCUGUUCCGGAAACGCUGGCAGAGCGAGAAGUUUGGGGUGGACAUCCAGGAUGACUAUGAAGAUGAAAAUCUCUAUGAGGGCCUGAACCUCGAUGACUGCUCCAUGUAUGAGGACAUCUCCCGGGGCCUCCAGGGAACCUACCAGGACGUGGGCAGCCUCCACGUCGGAGAUGUUCAGCUGGAGAAGCCGUGACCCCAGCUGGGGACACCCCUGCCUUCAGGGCUCCCCACACCAGUGUCUUUCCUCGCACCACCUGGAACAUUCUCCUCUUUCCACUGUCUUUCCGAGGCAUUCCUGAGUCCUUUUCCUCCUUGGGGUGUUCUCCCCCCAGGCCUCCUGGGAGUCCUCAGUGUCCAGACUCUCCCCUGAGGGGGGUCGGCUCUUCUUCCCUCCAGACCCUCCUCAUUCCCUCCACACACCCUUGACUCGGUCCCCCUCCCCCUGCCUCCUUUCCCAGGCUCCCCGGUGGGUAAUGAGCCCUUAAUCACUGCCUCAGGGGGAGCUGAUUGUAGCAGCCUCGUUAGUGUCACCCACACCCCCUGCUCUGUCAUGGCUACUUAGUGAUAAUAAAUCCUUCCCAACUGCA